CUCGCCGGCUCCGCACUCACUCCGGAGGCUGCCCCGACAGCAGCGCGCUCCGGCGGUGAUCCCGAGCGCCCACCGCCCGCUCCGCCCCGCUCUGCCACACGCCGCUCUGCCCCGCGGUGACAUGGGCGUCCCCCCGGUCCCUGAGGCCGGCAGCCGGCGCUGGGGGCCCCUGCUUCUCGCUCUCUUCCUGGCUGCGUCCCGAGGUCUGGUGGCAGCCUUCAAGGUGGCCACACCAUAUUCCCUGUACGUGUGUCCAGAAGGGCAGAACGUCACCCUCACCUGCAGACUYGUGGGCCCUGUGUCCAAAGGGCACGACGUGACCUUCUACAAGACCUGGUACCGCAGCUCGAGGGGCGAAAUGCAAGUCUGCUCUGAGCGCCGACCCAUCCGCAACCUCACGUUCCAGAACCUUCACCUGCACCACGGGGACCACCACACCGCCAACACCAGCCACGACCUGGCCCAGAGCCAUGGGGUGGAGUCGGCCUCCGACCACCACGGCAACUUCUCCAUCACCGUGCGCCACCUGACCCUGGAGGACAGUGGCCUCUACUGUUGCCUGGUGGUGGAGCUCAGGCACCACCACUCGGAGCACAGGGUCCACGGGGCCAUGGAGCUGCAGGUGCAGAGAGGCAAUGACACGCCAUCCAAAUGUGUCCUGCAUCCAUCCUCCCCACAGGAGAGCGAAAACAUCACGGCGGCAGCCCUGGCCACGGGCGCCUGCGUAGUGGGCAUCCUGUGCCUCCCGCUCAUCCUGCUCAUGGUCUACAAGCAGAAGCAGGCAGCCUCCCACCACCGUGCCCAGGAGUUGGUGCGGAUGGACAGCAACAUCCAAGGAAUYGAAAACCCUGGCUUUGAGGCCUCUCCACCCGUCCAGGGGAUGCCUGAGGCCAAGGCCCGGCCCCCCUUGUCCUACGUGGCCCAGCGUCAGCCUUCCGAGUCUGGACGGCACCUCCUCUCCGAGCCCAGCACUCCCCUGUCUCCUCCUGGCCCUGGGGACGUCUUCUUUCCAUCCCUGGACCCGGUUCCUGACUCUCCAAACUUCGAGGCCAUCUAGACCUGUGGGCAGCAGAGGCUGGGGCUGGGGCAGGUGCAUCUGAGCCGGGGCUGGCCCUGGGAGUGUCCYCAGCCCCCUUCCUCCUGCUCUGGGCCCAGACUCCGCUUCACCCGCAACGCCUGGACCCUCGGCCAGUCGGGAAGCUGCGUUGGGCAGGGGAGAAGGUGCUGGACUACCCACUCCUGUCCCAAGGAGGUUGGGGUGCGGAUUCUCCCAGAGACCUGCAUUCACCAGGUGCCAAAUGAGCCCCAUCCUAAGAAGCCCCAGAAUUUCCAGUGCUGCAGCGGCCUCUUGCCUAGGGACAAGAGUCUUGGGACCUGGUGGCAUGGAGGGGACGAGGUGGACACUGGCCUGGGCCCUCAGUGGCACUGUCCCAGGCAUGAGAUGCAGGAUAAGAGAUAGAGAGACUCCUGCCCGCCGUGGUUGGCCUGGGUCCCUGUGUCACCUGAGGCUGCCCCUCUGUGGACCUUACUCUGCACCCGUGGGGCUCUGAGGCUGAGCUGCMUCCUCCCUGUCAUCGGAACUCCCCCGAUGCCUCCUGGGAGCGGUGUCACUGAGGAUCUGUCAACAGGUUAAGUGCAUGUGGGGCGCCCACUGCCAGCAUUYGGUCCUCAGUGGCCCCCAGAUGGGAAGUGCCUACUGGGGAAGAGUGGUCCCUGUGAACCACCGGUGUCUUGAGCAAUUGAGGCUGGGCCGGAGGUUGCGCCACUCACCGCGGAUGACAGCG